AUGACUUCAAACCUGAUUCGGAUUGUUUCCCAUGAAGCUAAGAACCCAGUAGACUGCUCACUAAAGAAGACCUUUGAGCUACUUGAACCAAAUCUAAGACCCCCAUGGGCAGUAACAAUUCUAACACCACAUGAACAUUUGCUACUCAACAAGGUUAUUUUGUAUGGAAUUCUAUGUGAAACCCAUUGUGCCAAAACACAUAUUAAGCAUUUACAUGCCAUGGUCAUUAAUGGGUAUGGCUUAUUUGCUAAUUUGAUUUAUGAGAUUGUGAAUGAAUUGUAUACGAAACUUGUUGAACCGAAAAUUGUUGGUGGGGAUUAUAGUGAUGGAAAUUCAUGGUUGUGUUUUGAGAUCGUCAUCAUGUUUCUAGCCAAAUGGGAUUCCCUUGUGGAAGUGGAUCCUAUGACUUUGACCAGUAGACUGUAUACAUAUCUUCGGCUAAUUGGGCGGGAUGUUGUAUGGCUCCUACAAGAUUUGGUUCAUAUACCAAACAUUAGAUCUAUUUGGAAAGAUUUGGCAUUGAAUCAAGGCAGCUUUAAGACUCUUGGGUAUUUUGUUAUUUCGUUGCUCUAUAACACAAGGACUUCAAGUCGGUAUACUUCAGAUUCACCAGAACUGGAGACACAAUUGCGGUUUUUAGUUUUCUACAUGCGUAAAGUUUGGGAGUCAAAAGCGAUACCAGGAAUGACCACCCACCAAACGAAAUCAUUCAAACAAAUAUCAUUCCCAGAUAAGCUGGUUUAUGAUGUGGAACUCAGAGGUAGCAUUGUUAGAGGCGUGUCUUCAUCUCUUCGUGUACCUGUCAGGAAAGGAGUAAUCGCUCUCUUGAUGUCUUGA